UGCAACAAUCUGCGCAUGCGCACGGAAGCCGCCUGGCCGGGAAGCAAACGCCGUGUAAGAUGCAGCGGCCGGAGGCCGGCGCGGCGCGGGGCCUGGGUCUGUGCGUGUUGUGCGGGCUGCCCGCAGCGGGCAAGUCCACGCUAGCGCAGCGCCUGAAGCAGCAGAGAGGCUGGGACUGGGACUGCUUCCGCCUUAACUACGAUGACCUCAUUCCGCUGGAGGCUUUCAGCCAAUCAUUGCCGGGGGCGGGGCUUGAACGAGAUCACCCAUUGGUGUCGCAUUGGAAAUCAUACCGGCAGGAACUGCUGGUAUACCUUGAACAUUUCCUGCAGGCUCUUCUUAAUGGGGAUCCCCUGUCUGCCCCAGCAAGCAGGACAGAAGCCACCUGGGAACGUUUUGUUUCCUGCUUCAGAGAACAAGGAUUAAUAUCUCCAGACGUACCUGAUGCUAAAUCUUGUCGUUAUGUGAUCAAUGCCACCGCUUCCAGACCACUGUGUUUCAUUUUGGAUGACAACUUUUAUUAUCAAAGCAUGAGAUACGAAGUAUACCAGCUAGCUCGCAAAUAUUCAUUAGGCUUCUGCCAGUUAUUUUUAGACUGUCCACUUGAAUGCUGUUUACAGAGGAAUCGUGCGAGAAGUCAGCCCUUACCUGACGAGAUCAUAUGUCUAAUGGCAAAAAAGAUAGAAGCACCAAAUCUUGAUAAAAAUACCUGGGAACAAAAUAGCCUCACUCUGAAAGGGCUUGAAUACACUUCAGAAGAUAAUUUACAGGUAAUCAGCCUGUUGGUUACUGCUUUGAAAAAUCCAGUGAAACAAAUUGAAGGAAAUAUUGAGCAAAAGGCAGCAGAUCGAGCAAUCUGUGCAGCCAGUAUCCUCCAUCAAGCUGAUCAGACUUUCAGACGAAUUAUUUCUCAAACAAUGAAGGAUGCAAAAGAUAAAAAUUCUCUCUCAAGUGAGAUGAAGAUUCUAGCAGAAGAACUCAACAAACUUAAAGCAGAAUUUUUAGAAGAUUUACGACAAGGAAAUAAUCAAAAAUAUCAAGUUUGGCUAAAAAAUAGUGAAUUUCUUUCCAAAGUCACUACUUCUUUCCAACAAGAGUCAGAUAAUAUAGUGAAAAAAUAUAUUUUUUAA